CCCCGCCCUUUCCCGAUAAUUCCUUUUUCAGCGACCUGCGCAUACGCUUUGCGUAUAAAUAAGUCCACGGAGCGUCUCUGUCCAGUCACUCGAUCGGCCUGUGUUUAUCCGCACCAACCUGCGAUUCCGUAUUCAUCGCUUCCGUCGCCGUCGCCGUCGCCGUCGCCGUCGUCUGGCAUUGCCUCUGGGGAUCGGUUCUGAUCUUUUCUCGCGUCGCGAUCGGAAUACAGGGGUUCGAUGGCGAAUGCUGGGAAGAGAGUUUUGCUCACCUCCGGUGGCGACGAUGUAUCGGUGAACGUCGCUCUGCAUUUGGCCAAGCGUGGCUGCAGGUUGGUCUUGAUGGGAGACGAAAAGGGUCUGAGGAGCGUCCGCGAGAGAAUUGCCGGUUCUUUGAAGGGUGCGGCGUCGGUCGAGGUCGUCGGGUUGGACAUGGAGGAAGAGAGGGGAGCUUUCGAGGAGGCCGUGGACAAAGCCUGCAACGUUCUGGGGGGUUUGGAUGCUUUCGUGCACUGUUACAAUUACGAAGGAAAGAUGCAAGACCCUCUACAGUUGCCAGAAGAAGAGUUUAAAAAGAUAAUACGUAUAAACUUCCUGUCCGCGUGGUUUUUGCUGAAGACCGUCGGUGUAAAAAUGCGUGACGGCCGUAGAGGAGGUUCCAUCGUAUUCUUAACGUCAAUAAUCGGCUCGGAAAGAGGGCUUUAUCAAGGAGCUGCUGCAUACGGAUCGUGUUCGGCUGGAGUGCAGCAGUUAGUCAGAACCUCGGCGUUGGACAUGGGAAAGCAUAAGAUUAGAGUUAAUGCUGUCGCCCGUGGCUUGCACAUAGAGGAUGAGUAUCCAAAAUCCGUAGGCAUGGAUAGGGCAAAGGCCCUGGUCAAGGAUGCGGCACCGCUUCACAGAUGGCUCGAUGCCAAAAACGAUCUGGCUUCAACCGUCAUCUAUUUGAUCAGCGACGGCUCAUGUUACAUGACGGGGACGACUAUCUUUGCCGAUGGAGGCCAAUCUCUGGUGAGGCCUCGCAUGCGAUCCUACAUGUAGUUCACUGACCUCCUCCUCCUUCUGCUCGGAGCAAACAGUGCAAUCUGUACAGCAGCGUACGCUCAGACAGCGUUUCCAGCAGGGAGAGAGGGUCGCUAGCCCAUUCUUAUGUUAUUUUGUUGAUGUCCCUUUUGUCGAGUUUAGUACAGAUUAGGCCCGCCAAUUCGUUUUUCUCGAGAUAUUCAAGAUUCAAUAUGGCUUUCCACGUAAGUUGCUGCAUUGCGAAAUGAUGCGGGAGGUGGACAUUCGCACAUGGCCCCUUGUACGGUCACUUAAGGUUUCGACAAUGAAAGAAACGUGACAUGUUUAAUAAGCCACGGUGUGGUAAUUGUGUUCUUUGUUCCUUGGGCUAAGUUCCAAGAGUCGAAUCAUAGAAACACUUCAAAUAAAGAUUCUUCUGUACAUUUUUCUGGGAA